UCCCUCCGGCCUCGGCUCCCUGAGAGCCCCUCCCCUCCCCGGUACCGACAUGAUCCUGCUCGAGGUCAACAACCGCAUCAUCGAGGAGACCCUCACGCUCAAGUUCGAGGGCGCGGCCGCGGGGAAUAAACCAGAGGCAGUAGAAGUAACAUUUGCAGACUUCGAUGGAGUCCUUUACCACAUUUCAAACCCCAAUGGAGACAAGACAAAAGUGAUGGUCAGUAUUUCUCUGAAAUUCUACAAGGAACUCCAGGAACACGGUGCUGAUGAGGUCUUGAAGAAGGUCUAUGGAAACUACUUGGUAAAUCCUGAAUCAGGUUACAAUGUCUCUUUGCUCUAUGACCUGGAAAACCUUCCUGCAGACAAGGAUGCUAUCGUGCACCAAGCCGGCAUGUUGAAGCGCAACUGCUUUGCUUCGGUCUUUGAGAAGUAUUUCAAAUUCCAGGAAGAGGGCAAAGAAGGAGAAAAAAGAGCUGUCAUCCACUACAGGGAUGAUGAGACAAUGUAUGUGGAGGCAAAAAAGGACCGUGUCACGGUCGUGUUCAGCACGGUAUUUAAAGACGAUGAUGAUGUGGUGAUCGGAAAGGUGUUUAUGCAGGAGUUCAAGGAGGGUCGCCGGGCCAGUCACACAGCCCCACAGGUGCUCUUCAGCCACAGGGAGCCGCCCUUGGAGCUGAAAGACACAGACGCGGCCGUUGGUGACAAUAUUGGCUACAUCACCUUUGUGCUGUUCCCCCGUCACACCAAUGCUGCUGCCAGAGACAACACCAUCAACCUGAUCCACACAUUCCGGGACUACCUGCACUAUCACAUCAAGUGCUCAAAGGCCUACAUUCACACGCGCAUGCGGGCGAAAACAUCUGACUUCCUGAAGGUGCUGAACCGUGCCCGGCCAGACGCAGAGAAGAAAGAAAUGAAAACAAUCACGGGGAAGACAUUCACAACCCGUUAACGCCAGGGUGUCGGAGGCUGCCGUGGAGGACAAAGGUCGGGGCACUCGCUACCUGAUAAUCGUAGCUUUUAAUGUUGCACCUCUGUGGGCUCAUAAAGGAAUUCAAGCAAUCGGGGUCUGUUUGUAGGACAGUUUGGGGAGUAAUCUGCAGAAACGAGCUGUGCUUGCGAGGACUCGAUCGUUCCAAGAAACAAAAACCUUAA